AUGGAAAUUCGUAACCCGCGCUCUAUGGAUUUCUAUGCCACAUCUGUACUUCCUAACUGCAAUCCUCCAUCGUUUCUGAGAGAAAAAUACUGGAAACCUACACAACGCCCAUGUUAUGGUAGUUUUGAUGAUGCUCCAGGGCUCAAUUCUUCACUUCGAAUGAGCCUUCCACUCCUAAUUUCUAUAAUCGUAGGUAAAUGGUAUUCUCCAUUUAUGUUCAUAAAAGAAGAAGGUAGUGUGAAGAACCAAAUGAAGAAAUCUCUGUUUUACAAGAUAACUUUAGAGCGAUAUUGGGAGGAGAUUUAUUCCGAAGAGAACCGUGGUGAUGGUGGAGACAUUGUGACUGUGAACACAGAUAUAGGAAGAGAAGUUUAUAGCCUGGCUGGCUUGAUAGCACAGAGAGUCAGUGGUCAUGUUGUUGGCUUUGAUGGUUUUAUGUUUAUGGUGCGCAAUCAGAACACUGGGGGCGUGGGUUUGAGUUCAGCCCUUCUAGACGGAAUGAAAGGGAUUCAAAAGGAAGGAGGGUGGGUUGAUGGGGCAGAUAGCAGUGUGAAGGUGGAAAAAGUAGUGAAGAUGAACAGUCAGUUGAAAAGAUUUUGUUGUUAUGUGUUGGUGGAAAGCUUUGUUUCGAGAAGAACGGAUGGAAGUACAGUGCUGAAUUGUGAUUUCAGGCACACCCAAUGGAUCAAAACCAAAUGGGAGUCAUGA